AUGGAAAAUUAUAAUCAAACAUCAACUGAUUUCAUCCUAUUGGGGUUGUUCCCCCCUUCAAAAAUUGGUCUGUUUCUUUUCAUUCUUAUUGUUCUCAUUUUCUUAAUGGCUCUAUUUGGCAACCUCCUCAUGAUCCAUCUCAUCUUUCUGGACAUGCAUCUCCACACGCCCAUGUAUUUCCUACUUAGUCAACUCUCCUUCAUUGACCUAAAUUAUAUCUCCACCAUUGUCCCCAAAAUGGCCUACAAUUUUCUGUUUGGAAACAAGUCCAUUUCCUUCAUUGGAUGUGGGGUCCAGAUCUUCUUCUUCUUGACUUUAGGAGGCGCAGAAAAACUGCUCUUGACAUCUAUGGCCUAUGAUCGUUAUGUGGCCAUUUGCUUUCCUCUUCACUAUCCUGUCAGAAUCAGCAGACGAGUGUGUGGGUUGAUGAUAAUAGGAUCUUGGAUAAUGGGCUCUAUCAACUCCUGUGCCCACACCACAUAUGCCCUCCAAAUCCCUUAUUGCCAAUCCAGGGCCAUCAAUCAUUUCUUCUGUGAUGUCCCAGCCAUGUUGACUCUGGCCUGCAUGGACACCUAUAUCUAUGAGUACACAGUGUUUGUGAGCACCAGCCUCUUCCUUUUAUUGCCUUUUAUUUGUAUUGCCUGUUCCUAUGGCUGUAUUAUUCUUGCUGUUUAUCACACACCUUCAUCAGCAGGGAGGAAGAAGGCCUAUUCAACCUGCAGCACUCAUCUUACUGUGGUGACUUUCUACUACAUGCCCUUUGCUUACACUUAUCUACGCUCAAGAUCCCUUCGAUCUCCAACAGAGGACAAGAUUCUGGCUGUAUUCUAUACCAUCCUGACCCCAAUGCUCAACCCUAUUAUCUAUAGCCUAAGAAACAAGGAGGUGAUGCAAGCCCGGAGAAGAUUAAUUCAGAGACUCUGCUCUGUGAAAAUGUAA